AUGGCGGGCUCCAGAUUCGAAUACGUAAAGAAAUUCGAACUACCCGACCCGCUCUUACCCGGUACAUUCUUGGUCUUGCGCAUUGACGGCCACGCAUUCCAUCGACUGUCUGAGGAGCAUAACUUCACGAAACCCAACGACGAGCGUGCACUUCAGUUGAUGGAUCGCGCGGCACGAGAUGUCAUGGACGAAUUCAAGGACAUAGUUCUCGCAUUCGGAGAAUCGGAUGAGUUCAGCUUUCUCUUUCGCAGAUCUACCACGCUCUACAACCGUCGUCACUCCAAGAUCUUGACAAACUUCUGUACCCCUCCUCGAAAGAGGUCAGAGACUAUUUCUCCUGGAGACAGGCAGACACCUGAAGCUCAUAUCAAUAACCUAUAUAAUACUAUAUUUUGGGCACUCGUGCUUAAAGGUGGCUGCACUACAACACAAGCUCACGCGAGACUUCGGGGCACAGUCUCCAGCACAAAGCACGAGAUGCUCUUCUCGCAAUUCGGAAUCAACUAUAAUGAAUUACCAGCGAGAUUUAGGAAAGGUAGCAUCCUCGUUAGACAAGAGGUUCAUGCAGAAGUGGAAGUGGCCCCUAAGGCUACAGAUAAUGCAGAAGGUCCCGCCGCUGGUCAGUCAGCGAAAACCGCAUCCGGUAAGGGCGCAGGGAAGCCGAAAGUCGAGACGACCGUGGAACUCCUCCACUGCGACAUCAUAGGGGACGAGUUUUGGAAUGAGCGGCCAUAUCUUCUCGCCGAAAAAUGA